AUGGAGACUACAUUUUUGCAAAGGAAGACAGAAAAACGAAUUGCUAAGGAAAGGACAUCGAGAAAAAAAAAAACCGAUCGAAAAAAUGGAAAAAAAAAAUUAGUGAUGGGUGGAAAUUGCUUUUGCAGGGAGCAACUUCAUAACCAUUCCAACACUUCAUUACCUUUGAGAGACCAUAUCAAUCCCAUCCUCGUCAUGUCAGACACAGAAGAGAUUCCAGUUAUAGAACAAGAAGAACUAGAUAACCCAUUAAGAAUAAUUCUAGUAAUAGAUCAUCCUGAAAACAAAGAAUCUAAUGAGAUGGAGGAACGUUUAUUAGAUUCCAUACAAAGUUUUAAACAAAUGGAUCAAUUUUUUGAUAAAUUUGAUGAAACAAUAGCUAUUCCUAAUGAAUCACAUAUUAAAUACGAAGUGGGAAGUGAUGGAUUGGUGGUUAUUAUUGUGGAUAAUUUGAAAUUACGUGAUGAAGUAUUGGUAUUUAUUGAUGGGUAUAAUGAAGGCAAUGAGAAUAAUACAACUGAGAAUGAAGAUGAAUCACAGGAUAAGAAGAAAUUGAAGAAAGAAAAGAAUUAG